AGUCAUGGAAAAAUUUCAAGGCAAUUCAAGACACCACAGCAUGGUCACCAUGUCGUCCGCUAGUAAUCUUUCGCACCGGCGCACGCACAAUCUAUUGUUGAUUUCUAAAUUGCUCAGUCUGCGCGACACAGCUUCUCCGCUGACAUUGGUACUGGACUCGUUAGAACAGCCAGGAAAGCCUUUGCUCAACGAGUAUAUACGGCGAACGCAGAUAUCGAAAGUUCAUGUUACAUUCAUCGCCUUCGAAACCCUAGAACGACCCAAUGGUGUUGACUCAUUCAUUCUUGCAACACGCAAAAAGCCCACAGAUAUGGCCAAGGAAAUUGCGGCGGGGUACUCUAAUUCUUCACAUAAACGACGACUGAUUAUCAUCGAUGCUAUCAAUCCCCUUCUAAGCAAACCGGGAAUCCAUCUACCGUCCUAUUUCGGCUCACUCAUCGCCCCGGUCAACCCUUCUCCCAGCGCAGCACCCAUUCAGACUUCAUUGGUAGUGACAUACCAUCGCGACGUUGUACCUGUCAAAGCACAUCAAAGUUAUGCGCCACCAGAUCUGUCAGUGCUGAGUUACCUAUCAACAACCAUCAUAACGCUCCAUCCCCUAUCCCAUAUCCUCGCACAAAAAGCAGCGCACGAUCGAAGUCUCGCGGCACCAGUCUUUGGACUUGAAGAACAACAAGAAGGAAUAAUAAUUGGCAGAAUAAACGAUUCAAAGGAUCGAGCACAUGUCGAAGGCAUAGUGCUGGAAUUGGAGCAUCGGAGGAAAAGCGGACGCGGGGUUGUUGAGUGGUACUUUAUGCCGCCUGCAGGUCGCUAUUCGACCGAAGAAGUCAAGGAGGUCAUCACGUUGCUAGAAGAUCAUCCUCUGUACCGACGGCCGGACGAGGAUGUGGGCGCACCAGAGCAGACAGAGCCAGGGUCUACCUUUGAAUUGAAGCUUACGGAACGCCAGCGCCGCGAUAGAGAGGGUGUUGUUCUACCGUACUUCGACGCUCAAUCCGGCGAUGGUCCUGGAGAAGGUGGUCGGAUCUUAUAUGAUAUGGGAGAGGAAGAUGACUUUGAUGAGGAAGAGGAUGAAAUUUGA